UGCGGUCCCCCUGGUCGACUCAGAUUCUCCAUCUUCCAGCGCAAGACACCGAGAGCACACAACAAACAACAAAGGGGAGGCGGAGAGGGACUGAGCCGCCGAGGGAGGGGAGCGGCCGAUCGGUCGAGGAUCUGAGGGUUGUUCUCUCGCGGGAGGAAGGGGCCAUGGGAGUGGGGUUGGGGAGCAAGGAAAUGGGGCGGGCGCCGGCGGCGGUACCGACGUCGAGUGGGACAGGAACGCAGCAAGCCCGCGCCAAUGGCGGUGCUAAUGGCACGCCCGGCGCUGGAAGGUCUCGGUCCGUGUCCGCCCAGCGAGGGGUGGGUGGCCCUGACAACACGCGCCACAACUACCGCGGCGUGCGGCAGCGCCGGUGGGGCAAGUGGGUCGCCGAGAUCCGCGAGCCCAACUGCGGCAGGCGCCACUGGCUGGGCACCUUCGACACCCCUGUCGACGCGGCCCUCGCCUACGACCGGGCGGCCGUGGCCUACCACGGCAACCUCGCACGCCUCAACUUCCCCGCUGACAAUGCCGCCGCCGUCACCAUCGCCACCGCCGCACCGGCGCAGCGGCAGCCUUCGUCCUGCGCUCCCGCCACAACCGCCGACGUCUUCGAGGAACAUGAGGUGAAGCCGCUGGUUGCUGUUUCGCAGGGUGGGGGCGGAGCGGAGACCGUCAGCCAGCAGCAGCAGCAGCAGGGCGCUUCUUGGCUUUCGCCUGAGCUUCUGUUCGACGACGACCCGAAUGACAUUGCCAUGUACAUCGAUUUCGAUGCUGUUGCCCACAUGGUGCCCUGUUAUCCUGGCAUCAAGAUAGAGGAUUGCCAGCCCGACGGGUUCGACGGCGACGCCAUCCACUCUCCGCUGUGGCCGCUGGGUGACUGAGAUGUUAUCUGCUGAGACAGGUCGAGAUGAUCAUUUCGCUGACAACUUCUGAUGGUUUUCUGGCAGGAUUAGGAAUGGAACUUGGCUUUGUUGGUCUCGUCAGGUUGUUCUAGUUAGCUGAACUUCGUUGCGUGUAGGACAGUAGUCAGUGGUGUCUUUGUCUGCAUAUUCUUUUGUCAGGUACUCGACUGUAGUGAUCUGCAGAUGGUCAUCCUGUAUAGGAUUAGAGACCCAUGGUGACUGUUUUGUUCAUUAAUAUCCUGAUCCUGGUUAUUGUAGAAUGCAGAAAUGCCCCUGAUGUCAUGAAAUGCUUAUUUGAUACAGACUUGUCGAUUUGCCAUGCUCCCAGGUUGUUCUCA